AUGCACCACUUACAACAGCUCUGGAAAGCAAGAGUCUCCGCGUACGAAGAGCUCGCACGCACCUUUGCGCAAACCGCUGCAGAGAACGACCCCGUUAUUGCAGAGUACGUGCGGCAGCCAGAUGUGCUGCGUGCAAUGGUACUUGAUGCAAAUGCCGCAGCGCAAGAGAAAGGGGUUGAGGCAGUAAAGGCAUUUGUACAAUACGGCGGCCGCGCUGCGGGAACUACGCGCGAGGCUGUGCUCCCUGCCCUGGCGGAAAAAUGUCUCGGUUCAAUGCGUACAGGGACCCGCAAUGCAUCAUUAGAACUCCUGAUGCUGUACAUUGAGAAGGAAGACGCAGAAGGAUGCGAUGGUGCGCUGGAAAACAUCACCGCGACGUUUUCCGCCAAGCAGCCCAAGACCGUGGCGGCGAAUGUCGCAGCCGUCAAAGACAUUGUGCGCGACUUUGGCACACAGCAUGUGAAUGUGCGUGGCGUUGUGAAGCGUAUUCCUGAUAUUUUCGCGCACGCCGACAAGAAUGUGCGUGCAGAGGGUGUACAGCUCGCGAUUGAACUGCACAAGUACAUGGGCCCCGCACUAACUCCCAUCUUGUCGCAGCUCAAGGAUAUCCAGGCCAAGGAGCUGGAAGCUAGGUUUGCAGAGGCCGACCAGCUCGGCGACCCACGCACGACGCGCUUCCUAGUGUCACACCAGCCUACCGAAGAGCCCCAAGCUGUCGACACCGAGGCAGCAGAAGAAGCAGAAACACUGGAAACCGAGCUCAGCGCCGCGCCUUCUCCCGUCGAUCCAUACGAGAUGGUUGAGCCUGUAGACGUGCUGCAAAGCAAGAAACUAAAACCAAACGUGCUCACGUUGCUCACAUCGUCCAAGUGGCAGGAACGUCUCGAGGCUCUCGAGUCGCUGCACGCCGCCUUGACCGAAUCGCCGCGCCUUGUACCUGAUCCUGGCCUGGAAGAGUACGUACAAGCGCUGCAGCUGCGGCUCCAAAAAGAUGUAAACAUUAACGUUGCGAUGCAGACGUGUCGAUGCUUGGAAGCACUCGCCGAUGGACUUUGCAGUGACGGCGCGCGGUACCUCUUUGUACUCCCAUGCGUACUCGAAAAGCUCAAGGAACGCAAACCCGCGCACGUCGAGACUGUCUCGAGUACAUUGGACGCCCUUUUUCGUAGCGGCACACUUUCCGAUGUACUGGAUCCAAUUCAAGGCGUGGCAUCGCAUAAAAACCCAGCAGUGCGCGCUGGCGCCAUGCGGUUUCUUGCUCGGUGCUUGCAAAACACAACGACGAUGCCGAAUGCCGCAGAGUUAAAGGCAAUAGCUACCAAUCUACUCGAGGCGAUGAAUGACGGUGCUGGCGAUGUGCGCGAUGCAGGCGCUACAGGACUCGGGACAUUGCGUGCUUUGGUGGGCGAGCGACCCAUUGCUGCGUAUAUGGAGACGCUGGACGAUAUCAAGAAGGCCAAGGUCGAGGAAGAAGCAAAGCAUGUGACAGUGAAGGCAGUAAAAGCGGCGGGGGGCAAAGCGGCGGAGGCCAAUGCACCAAAGGCCAAUGCACCAAAAGCCAAUGCACCAAAGGCCGACGCACCAAGGGCCGACGCACCAAGGGCCAAUGCACCAAAGGCCGACGCACCAAAGGCCAAUGCACCAAAUGCUAACGCGCCAAAGGCCAAACCUCUCCCCAAACCUCAUCAAGUGCCCACACCGCCGCGGCCCAACGGAUCCUCGCUACCCAAAGCCGGCAUUCCCUCCCAGCCUUCACAACCAGCACCUACACAGCACCGUAUGCAGCCCAAAGCAUCCGUCGCGGACGACCGCGUCAAGUUCAAGCACAGCCCCGAAGACGCCGAGCCGCUGCUGGAGCAUCUCGUCCCUACUCCCCUGCAAACCCAACUCGCAAGCACCAACUGGAAAGAGCGCCUGGACGGUGCACAAGCGCUUUCCACCUUUUGCACAACACAUGCCGAGACCCUUGACACCGAGCUCUAUGCCCGUUUUCUCGCGAAACGCCCCGGCUGGAAAGAAAGCAACUUCCAAGUACUUGGCGAAAUAUACCGCUCUUUGCAGACCCUUGCCCAGCAUUCCCCCACCUUUGGUCGUGCGUGCGCCGCGCUGACGAUCCCCCCCCUGUGCGAAAAGCUCGGGGAUGCGAAGCUCAAAAGCGUGGCCGGCGAGACGCUUCUUCUCUACGCCGAAGCCACCGGUCUUGGCUUUGUCCUGCUUCGCGCCAUGCCCACGCUACAGCAAAUCAAAGCGCCCAAAGCCCAAGCGGAUGCAAUCGCAUGGUUCGAGCACGCCCUACUUGCAUUUGGCACGCCCGGCGUUGAUAUCCGCGCGACCAUGCAGUUUUUGUUGGCGUGCCUUAAAUCCGCCAAUGCUGGCGUGCGUGGAAAUGCAAGCAAAGCGGUGGGCUCGCUUGCCAAAUUUUGCGGCUCGUCGCUCACGAGCCUGCUGAGCGACUUGAAUCCGCAACUGCGCGCGAGUCUCGAGGCAGAGAUCGCGGCAAAUGCAGGCAAUGCGCCCUCGCCUACACGACUUGUGCGCGGCGCAACGUGUGAGCCUAGCGCCACGCCUGACGUUCCCACCGCCGUCCCCACCACCGACGCCCCUUUAGACGACGCGCUAGAGCAGAGCAUACCCCGCGCCGACAUCGACGCGAUCCUCCCCAAACCAGCGCUUGCACAGCUCAACGAUGUUAACUGGAAAGUACGCAAAGAAUCGAUCGAAGCGGUGCAGCACGCAUUGGAGGCACAUCCGCGCCUCAAAGGCUCGCUCGCGAACCUGGUCGCGCCUCUCAAGCCGCGCUUUGCCGAUACCAAUAUCAUGGUCCGCAUGUCGGCGCUUGCCAUCACCACGCAGCUUGCCGCUGGCAUGCGCGCAUCCUUCGAGCCGUACGCGCGUGCGCUCGUGCCCCCCGUUGUGCAAGUCCUUGCGGAUGCCAAAGUGCCGCUGCGCGCAGCCGCAGCCAGCGCCUUGACGGCGAUGUAUGAGCACAUUGGCCUUGCGCCGAUGGUGCCGCCGAUGGGCCCCGUUCUCGAUGGCAAGAGCGCCAACCCCACGCUCCGUCAAGACUUGUACACUUGGCUCCUCGAGCGCAUGGAAAGCGCCGUGCCCGACGCACAUGUAGACCUCAGCGCGCUGGCUCCUUCGGUCAUUGCGUCGCUCGACGAUCGUGCUGGCGGCGUACGCAAGGCUGCACAGACCCUCUUGCCUUUCCUUGUCGCCCGGACAGGGUACCAAGCACUAGUCGAGCAGUGCAGUACGCUAAAGCCCGCGUCGCGCACUACUGCCAUGCCGCUCCUCGACGCCGCGCGCACGAAAGCCUUGUCGUUGGGAGCGCCUGCCGUGCAGCGGGCGCCGUUGGCGAAGGCUGCGCCGCGCGCGCGCCUGCCUGCGCCGCAGCCUGCACUUGCGCCACGUACGCCAAUGCGGCAAAGUACAGCGGUGAAUCGUGCGUUGCGCGCGCCGGCUUCUGUACAAACAGCUGCCCCCGCCGCCGCGCCGCCGGCCAAGCCUGCGUUGUUCACCAGCGAUGCGCGCCACAAACUCCAGCGCGAAAAAAGCAGCGGCCGCGUCUUGUUUGUCGCUGUGGACGGCACCAUUCGUCCCGCGCACGUCGACCAGCUCGAGCAGCAAAUGGCGGCGGCAGCGCCUGUGGCGCUUGUCGCGUCACUCUUUUGCAAAGAGCACGAGUAUCUUGGGGCUCUUGCGACGCUCCUCGAAUUCCUCAACGGCGCGCAGCUCUCGGAGCAAGACGUGGCCGAACGCGCGGCAGCGAACGCGGACUUGCUGGUCAAGUAUGUGUGCCUGCGCUUGCUAGACAAGAAUACGAGCGUCGCGCUGAAGAGUUUGGAGGUGCUCACUGCACUGCAAAGUGCACUAGUCCGUGCCUCGUACCAUUUCACCGACACAGAGGCCCUUGCCCUUUUCCUUGCGCUUGUCCAAAAGAUGGGCGAUGUCAAGGCUGUAUUUCGCGAGCGUGUGCGCGAGCAUGUGCGAACCAUGACGCUGCUCUUUCCUCCAAGCCGCCUUUUUUCCAUGCUCCUUGAGCACGGCACGACGUCCAAGAAUGCACGCACGCGCGCAGAAUCGCUCCAGGAGAUCGAGUAUCUGUUUGCGAAGCAUGGCCUUGCGGUGUGCACACCGCCCAAAGCCUUCCCGCACCUCGCCAAGCUUAUUGGCGAUCGCGAUAGUGCCGUGCGACAGUGCGCGUUGCAGGUCUUGGCCGAGGCGUUCAAGCUUGGCGGGAACGCCGUGUGGCAGAUGCUCGGCCCGCUGCCGCUUAAAGACGAGUCGAUGCUUGCGGAGCGCCUUAAGCGCACUGCGGCGCACGCAUCGCCGCGCGCCGAGUCCAAGAGCGCACUGCCCGUGCCCAAGACGCCAAAAAGCGCGCGGCGGUCCAUGGCGGAGGCACUGCCACACGAGCCGCUGCAAUCUGCCUCGCCCAAAAGCGAUGAUUUCCACGCGCUCGCCGCGCAGAUCCAGCGUGGUGAUGUAGACGAAAGCAUCUGCGCGCUCAAGCACGCCCAGGAAUUGAUCCAACAAGGCAUUACGGCACAUGCCCUCGGCCCCCUUGCCGACGCCAUGGUUCUUGCGCUGGAGCGUGCCGAAGGCGCGGCGGAAAUGCACCCGCGGUACAGUAAGCAUGCACUCCAGACCGUGCUGGUGAUGCUUGAGGCGCAGCGCGCCGACGCCAUGCUCACUGCAUCUGCCGUUCAGGCGCUCCUGUUUGUGCUGCUUACCUGUUUGCUCCACGUCGCAAAAGACGAGCGCGCGGAGGCGCAGACAUUGUCCAAGCACCUAAACGCCGUCGUCCUCCGCGUCUUGUCUACGUGCGAUGCCAAUGCCGUCUUCGCGGCAAGCUUUGCCCUCUUGGCCGACGCGACCAAAGACAUGGAGGCGCUGCACGAUGCGGCGCUCGAUCGAGCGACGCGGUAUGCCGAACUCGUCAUCAAAUGCUUGUGGAAGAUUGCUAGGAAACUACCGGGGAUGCUGCAGGCGCAGCAAGUCCACUGUCCGUCGCUCCUGGCCACCGUGGAGCACUUUCUCCAAGCCAUGCCCCCGGUGGAGUGGGGCAGGCGCGCACAGCGGCAUGUCGCACUGCGCGAUAUCCCGCUCAUCACCGCGACAAAUGUACUGAAACAAGUAAUCGAUGCACUCGGCGAAGAGGCACUCACAAUGCUCGACACGCUCUUGGAUCCCGAAGGCAGCCACGUAUACCGCUACUUGCUGCGCCUCCUGUACGCAGAAGAGAUCCAGCAGGAGGCAGAGGUGCAGCCCGAGCGCGCGCCGCCGCAAGAAGACGCCAAAGACACGCAGGACGCGCAAACAGCGACGCUGCGCCGCAUCUUCGACCGCAUCUCGCAGAAGGACCAGUCGCGCGCGGCAAUUCGCGAGCUGUACGAGUUCCAAAAGCUGCAUCCGAACAAGCAGAGCCAUAUCGACCGCAGCCUCCAAAAGACGGGCCCCAUCUUCCAGCGGUACAUCAAGCGCGCGCUCGCAAAUCACACCGCAGAAGAUACGGGCGAGCGUUUGGCGAGCGCUUCAACGCCGCCGAACGGCGCAGUCGACACGCGCCUCGCGGAACUCAAGGCCAAGUUCCGCAUAGACUCCGAUCAGGAGCGCGCGCCGGACCGCUCCAAGCGCAUGUCCAUGUCCACCGAAGCGCUCCGCCAGCGCCUCGCGUCGAUGCGCACCGAAUAG